UCUUUGUUUUUAAGCUCCUGCCACCUUCUUCAACGUCAAAAAGUAGCGCCGACGACCAACUCACGACCCAAACGGAACUAGUUAUAGUGUCCUUCCGGAUGGAUACAUUGUGGUUAAGAGGACGGUGCAUGUCGUAGGUCGCUCUGGACGAUAAAGGUGAGUUCAGUGGGAAUUAGACACGGUGUGAAAUCAGUAGACGGUAUGUCCGGGCGCGCGAGAGGAAAAUCACGUGGCAGAGAGACUGGGGCCCGAGGCGAGCAACCACCUCUGCCUCAGAAGGAAGCUCAAGCCGUGUGGCCACUACCGCCUGAGAGAGAGCUCCAAGGGAGGGGAAGACAGAAAUCUGCCCCCGUGGCGGCGGCAGAAGGAGAAAAGCCAUAUCACUGCUCGGAGUGUGGGAAUAGUUUUAUUACACCAAGUAAACUCCAAAUACACCAGCGCAUUCAUACAGGAGUGACGCCAUAUCACUGCUCGGAGUGUGGGAAGAGUUUUACGCAGCAGAGUAGUCUCCAAACACACCAGCGCAUUCAUACAGGAGUGAGGCCAUAUCACUGCUCGGAGUGUGGGAAGAGUUUUACGCAGCAGAGUAAACUCCAAAUACACCAGCGCAUUCAUACAGGAGUGAGGCCAUAUCACUGCUCGGAGUGUGGGAAGAGUUUUACGCAGCAGAGUAGUCUCCAAAGACACCAGCGCAUUCAUACAGGAGUGAGACUGUAUUACUGCUCGGAGUGUGGGAAGAGUUUUAUUACACAAACCGAUCUCCAAAUACACCAGCGCAUUCAUACAGGAGUGAGGCCAUAUCACUGCUCGGAGUGUGGGAAGAGUUUUACGCAGCAGAGUAAUCUCCAAAGACACCAGCGCAUUCAUACAGGAGUGAGACUGUAUUACUGCUCGGCAUGUGGGAAGAGUUUUACGCAGCAGAGUAGUCUCCAAACACACCAGCGCAUUCAUACAGGAGUGAGACCGUAUUACUGCUCAGAGUGUGGGAAGAGUUUUAUGCAGCAGAGUAAUCUCCAAAGACACCAGCGCAUUCAUACAGGAGUGAGAGCGUAUCACUGCUCGGAGUGUGGGAAGAGUUUUAUUACACAAAGUAAUCUCCAAAUACACCAGCGCAUUCAUACAGGAGUGAGGCCAUAUCACUGCUCGGAGUGUGGGAAGAGUUUUAUUACACAACGUGAUCUCAAAACACACCAGCGCAUUCAUACAGGACUGAGGCCGUAUCACUGCUCGGAGUGUGGGAAGAGUUUUAUUACACAAAGUAAUCUCAAAACACACCAGCGCAUUCAUACAGGACUGAGGCCGUAUCACUGCUCUGAGUGUGGGAAGAGUUUUACGCAGCAGAGUAAUCUCCAAACACACCAGCGCAUUCAUACAGGAGUGAGGCCAUAUCACUGCUCGGAGUGUGGGAAGAGUUUUAUUACACAACGUGAUCUCCAAAUACACCAGCGCAUUCAUACAGGAGUGAGGCCGUAUCACUGCUCGGAGUGUGGGAAGAGUUUUAUUACACAAAGUAAUCUCCAAACACACCAGCGCAUUCAUACAGGAGUGAGACCGUAUUACUGCUCGGAGUGUGGGAAGAGUUUUACGCAGCAGAGUAAUCUCCAAACACACCAGUGCAUUCAUACAGCACAUACAGAAGAUUGACCUUUUCCUGUCUUUGGAAUAUUUUAUUUAUAAAUACAAUGUUUAAACGAAAAAAAAGGUGUUGCUUAUAAAUGUAUUACCUUCUUUUCAGACAGGUUUAAAAUAAAUAAAAAAGUCUGUCAUGUGUGUUUUUUUUACAUUAAACCAUAAAUCCUGUAAUAUUUUAAGCUCAUUUUGGGGUCAUUUGGUCAGAGAUUCUACACGGACGUUAUCAUUGGUAGGACUACAGUCAUUAUCGCCUGUAUUUUUUUGUCCUACCCGUUUUCAUAAAUUCCCAAAUUCUGUGCAAUGUAUUGGAUGCUAAAUGUACUGUCCAAUCAUCGUCGGGAUAUAAGAUAGUUUUAAACAAUCCGAACGAAGGAAGGCGGGACGUGUCUGAAUAUGGGUAGGAAAACAAACAUAAGAGUAACCGCGAGCACAAACACAGCAAUGCCAACCUAGCCUUCUAAGUUGAUGCAGCUCUUCACGUCCGCGCUUUUUUGUUGUUUUUCUCGGCAAUAUGGGGGUUCCAAAAUUUUACAGAUGGAUAUCCGAGCGAUAUCCGCGUUUGAGCGAAGUUGUGAAGGAGCACCAGGUUUGUGUUCGUAAAUGAUGCUAGUUAGCUUUAGCACUAGCAUCCGGCUAACACUUUACCUCAGUCAGGGCUGUGUAUGUUUACAGGUGUAUUUACACAUGGUUGGUGAUUAAUUUUAGCUAAAGAAGGCAGAAAGGAGAAUAAAUUCACCGUGGAAACAUUCUGAAGUUUUAAUUUCCAGCGCUUUAAUUACUCAGUGAAGAGUAAGUAAUUGUGGAACAAUCCCAACUCGAUGUGUGUUACAGCUGUAGGUCACUACAUAGAGCGCGAGGGGAGGGAACUUUGUGCUAACCCCAGUGCUCAUGACAGGACAUAAGGGUCAUGUAGUCUGUAGCUGUGACAACUUACAUGUGGGUUUAUCUCUAUAGCCACACAAAUAUAAACAACGUUUAAUAUAUCUAUAAAUAUAUUGUUAAUACUAAAUCUAUUUAGUAUAUUGACGUCAUUAUAGAAAGUUUUAUUUGUAAAACUGAGGUGAUUAAAAUUGACUUUUUAGAUGAGAGAAAAUAAUUGUAUAAUCGUUUAUAAUGAACUUUGAGUAUUUUUAUACUUGUACAUCUAUUUCUUUAAUAUAUGUAGGUGUUUUCAUAUUAAAAUAUAUAGUCAGGUGUUCAUUUAACUGGGAGCAAAAUAGUCAGAUAUUUUCCACUACCUCGACUUUCGCAUCAUCAAACCCAGGAAGAUGUUCUUCAUGGCUGUGGAUUGUGUCACACUCAGGGCCAAAAUGAACCAACAGCGUGGCAGAAGGUUCAGAUCAGCAAAAGAAGCGGAGGAAUAAUAAAGAAGGCUGUGGGGAAGGGCGAGGAUUUACCCGCAGUGACCCGAUUCGACUCCAACUGCAUCACACCCGCACUAGACAGCAUGCUUGAUGGACAGAUAGAGGGAGAGAGAGACAGACACGGAGACACAGAGAGACAGACAGAGAGAGAGUACGGAGUUCAUGACUCGGCUUCACAAACAUCUGAAAUACUUUGUGCAGAAAAAGCUGUCCACAGACCGACUGAGUGAGAGUGUAUCUGUCUGGGCACGAGAGCCCGCCUGGUCACUCCUUGGAUAAAAGAAAACAAGACCCACAAAGCCGUGAUCACGAAUUUGUCCCCUCAGUUUAUAAACCGUACUCACAGAUUAUUAAACUGUUCCCUCAGUUUUACAAAGCGUGCACAUGAGGAAACAAUCCGUGCUCUCAGAUUUGUAAACUGUACCCUCAGGUUUUGUAAUCCGUACCAACAAAUUCAUAAACCGUGCGCACACUUUCGCAAUCUGUACCCAUGGUUGUGCAGAGGGUACUCACUGAUUUGUAGCCCCUCCCUCAUUUUAGACACCUGAAGUCCACAAGCACAACAACAGCUCCACAAACAACGUGUUUAAACUUCUUUUUUUUUUUUAUAUGAUAGAAGGUUGGAUGACCGUACUUCAAGAGGAGAAGGAAAUACACAGAAAGGGUCACAGAACAUGAGAGAAAAACACUUGAGGUAAAAACGCUGAGUGUCUCUAGUGAUAAAUAUCUGGUACGUUUUACAUUUAGAAAUAAAACAUGGGACUCUCAAGUGAUUGAGAGAAACUGUUUGUUUUUUAUUCUUUUUUAACUAUGAUUAUAAAUCUUUCAGCCUUCUUUGUCCAGCAAAACAACAACAUUCCCCUCUGAUAGACAAAGAGUUUUAUACUCGUCACUUUUCCACAUACACGGUGUAACAAAUCAUUCAGUAUCAUUCAUUAUUUCCACACAAUGUUUUACUCACAUCAAGAAUCUUUCAUUUCUACAAGUGAAGCUGAAUUCAGUCCGAUCAUGAAGCUGAACAGUGAAGGUAAAGCUGCACUGAUCCAAUAAAUAACAGCCAUCAAUCUUACAGAUGUCUUGUGUAAUUUUACUUUGUGCUCUCUCUCUCUCUCUCUCUCUCUCUCUUUCUGUCAUUAGUGAGAACAUAUGGAGGUUUUGCUGAUUCUGAUGAUAAAUAUCGAAGACACUGGGAACUUGAAGGAACUUGAACAAGUCAUAAUGGCCAUUACUGUGACCCCAAAGCCUGGAGCUUCUACAAGCAACAGCCCAAAGAACAUUGGGAUCGUCAUAGAGGGCGUGAAAGUCAUCACAGAACUUGGAGAUAUUGCAAGGGCUUGCUCUGUCCUCCUUGGCUUGACCUUCGUGCUGAAUCUCGAUUAUCCCAGACAGCUGAAAUACACCUUUGAGGUGUUCCAAAAACUUUUCUUGGAACUGGAUGAUUCAAAGCUUUCAAACAAAGUCCAGUCCCUCAAGAGCAAACUUCAGGCUUGAAAUGAGACUAUAUUGCAGUGUAGACUUUUGUGCUACAGAAUGUUCAUCUUCUACAGAGCUUGAGAAUUGCACAUUUGAAAGUGCUAUAUUUGUAAUUUGGCACUGUUUUGUCCUACAAAUGUCGUGACAUUUCAGUUGUUGUACGUUCAAAGUACAAUUGUAUUUUUUGCACUUUUAUUAUUUAUGUUUUGGCACAUGCCAUUAUGGAGUAUCAGCAUUUUGUCCUUUUCAAAGUUCUGCUUUGAAAUGCGUGAGCAAACUUCUGGCUUGAAAAUGAGACUGUAGUUGCAGUGUACAUGUCUUGCUACACAAUGUUUAGCUUCUACAGAGCUUGGGAAUUGCACAUCUGAAAGUGCUAUGUUUGUAAGUUAGCACUGAUUUGGACUCUUAUCCCACGAAUGUCAGUGAGAUUUCUAGUUCAAAGUAUGAACUGUUUUUUACUCCGUACAAAUUACACUUUUCUGCUUUUGUUUUGGUACAUGCCCCUUUGGAGGAUUUUUCUUUUAAUAUCAUUAUUGACUCAAUUUAGUGGAUAAGCAUGGAAUCAGGUUUAUGGACUCAUCACCAUUCUGUAUGUCAUUUAUGUUUGUUUUUAAUAGUAUUUAUAUUUGUUUUAAGAAUAGUUUAAAGUCAGCAUUCUGUCUGGUUUGAAAUGCAAAAUCCAACUUCUGGCUUGAAAUGAGACUGUGGUUGCAGUGUACAAUGAUGUGCUACAAUGUGUCUAAAGCACAAAAGUGAAUAAAAUUGUUAAUAAAAUUCUUAUUUGAGUA